AUGGCGGAGGCUUCCGUCACCAUCACUGUCCCCGGCAUCGCUGCACUUCCACCCACAACAGUGAGACAGAUCGGGUCUGGCCAGGUUCUUGUCGACCCUAGUUCCGUCGUCAAGGAGCUCAUUGACAAUGCUCUCGACGCCCGCGCCAAAAGCAUCUUUGUGGAUAUCACUGCCAAUACUAUCGACUCGAUCCAAGUCAAGGACGACGGCCACGGCAUACCAGGCGAAGAUCGGCCGCUCGUAUGCCGCCGCUACUGCACCAGCAAGAUUCGCGAUUUGCAGGAUCUGAGAGAUGUAGGAGGGAAGUGGCUUGGUUUUCGCGGCGAAGCACUUUCAAGCAUGGCCGACAUGAGUGGCGCUAUCAGUGUGACUACAAGAGUGGAGGGCGAGCCUGUUGCUGUAAAGGUAAAAUAUGGUCGGAAUGGCGAACUAGAUUCCACCGAGCAUGAUUCGCAUCCUGUUGGGACAACGGUAAAGGUGACUGGUUUCUUCCAACACAUUCCAGUCCGGAAACAGGCAGCGCCGAAAAACGCGACAAAGUGUCUUGCAGGCAUUCGGCGUCUCAUGCAAGCUUAUGCCCUUGCUAGGCCAGGCACUCGACUGCGCCUCCGCGUUCUCAAGGCUAAGAAUGCCAACAGCGACUUUGUCUACGCGCCCAAGGCUGACGCCAAUGUGGAAGAUGCGGUCCUCAAGAUCAUGGGAAGGGAUUGCGCUCAUCAGUGCGAUUGGACUGUUACAGAAUCAAAUGGCUUUGAGAUCCAUGCCUGUCUCCCGAAACCAACGGCAACCGGACCCAAGAUUGCGAAUCAAGGCAGCUUUGUCUCGAUCGAUGCAAGGCCUGUUGCCAGCAGUCGUGGGACUAUCAAGCAAAUGAUUAGUGCGUACAAGGAGCGACUGCGCAAAGUAAAUCCUUCUCUUGCAGGCAGCUACGAUCCUAACAUUGAGCCUGCAAAGGACGAUGUCAUGUUUGACGAUGGCAAGGCGGUUCUGGGUGUCUUUGAGAGGCUGUUACAGUCAUACUAUCCUGAGAUUGUCGUCAAUCAUGAUGUCGACUCACAGUCUACCCUGCAGAACGAGCCUCAGCCUGACAAUAUACCCGAGCAGUAUCAAGAAGAUACAUCAUCCCAAUCACAGAGUCUCAACGAAGAGACUGAGAAUCCUGCGUCUGGAAUAUCUCAAGGACAGCCAAAAUGGAGAUCCAGUAUGUAUGGCAUCGACGAAGAUGAUCUGGAGUUCCUGCAGCACCACCGCACUCCAGUAAUCGAAGAAGAGGAAGAACAAGGGCGCCUAGCAAUAGAAGUAUCUAACCCCUGGACUAUUGCUCGGAUGAACGCCCCGGUCAAACCAAAGCAGUCCAUAAGCCAUGUGCAACUCCCGAGUCCAGCCAAGAGUAAUCGGGAUAUCACUCUACGUUCUAGCUCUCCAGGACGGCCAGCGACACCCAAUCCAAGUAUUUCAGCAGACCCUCUGACGCCGCGGACAUGUCCAAACAGCGAUGCUGCGAGACGGGCGUUGGACGAGGUGCUGGAGCGAAGCAUCCAGCGUCUACCUCGGGCGUCAUCAGUCGCAAGUGCUAGUAUCGACGACUCAACCGAAGAACAACUC